UCUGUGCUCAGUUUCGCGUUAGUUAUCGUCAGGCAAAUAUUAAAUAUUUCUACAUAAAUUUGAAGUGUUCCGCAGUGUUCGCAGAGUGCUAUGGGUCGUGGUGUCUUAUUACUGUUGGCACUCUUUGUUGUCCAUCUGCAUCCAUCUUUUGAAAGAGAUGUUUAUCACAAGUCUUCUCGAUAUCCAACUGUAAGGAAUAAGGAAGAAUCAGAUCCCAAUUUUUGGGCGAAGGAGGCGUGGCAAGGUAUUGAAUCUAGUCGCUAUAAAGACAAUGUGAACAAGGCGCGCAAUGUAAUUAUGUUCCUGGGAGAUGGCAUGUCGGUGCCGACGCUGGCGGCCGCGAGGACUCUGCUGGGGCAGAGAGAAGGCCGCACUGGAGAGGAGACACAGCUGUUUUUCGAAUCGUUCCCUACUAUAGGAUUAUCAAAAACAUACUGUGUAGACGCCCAAAUCGCCGACUCGGCAUGCUCGGCUACAGCGUAUCUAUGCGGUUCUAAAGCAAAUAGAGGCACUUUAGGAGUAACUGCUGAUAUAUUACGGACCAAUUGUUCAUUCGUCAAUCCAGAAAAUUACGUCCAUUCUAUUGCUGAAUGGGCACUCGCCGCCGGAAAAGAUGCAGGUAUAGUCACCACGACUCGCAUAACUCACGCAUCUCCAGCAGGCGUGUACGCGCACACGGCCGAGCGCGACUGGGAGAGUGAUGCCGACGUCCUAGACGACUGUGCUUCAGCACAAGAUGUGCCUAUUGACAUUGCUGAACAACUAGUACACAACUAUCCUGGAACACACUUUAAGGUUAUUUUAGGAGGCGGAAGACGAGAAUUUUUGCCUAAUACUAUUAUAGACGAAGAAGGAACCCAAGGCAAAAGAUUAGAUGGUAGAAAUCUUAUAAAUGAAUGGAUAGAGGAUAAAAUAUCCCGCAAUGUGAGCCACAAGUAUGUAUGGAAUAGACAGGAGCUUGUACAACUGUCGUUAUCACCUCCAGAAUAUUUACUGGGCCUGUUUGAGGGAAGCCAUAUGAAAUAUAAUUUGAAAGCAGAUCCUACUAUGGAACCCUCCCUCGCUGAUAUGACAGAAAUAGCAAUUCGUUCCUUAAACCGUAACAAUAAUGGCUUUUUUCUAUUCGUCGAGGGAGGUCGCAUUGAUCAUGGACACCACGAUAACUUAGUGCAUCAUGCACUGGAUGAGACCAUCGAGAUGGCGGCGGCAGUACGACGCGCUACUGAGUUAUUAUCAGAUGAGGACUCGCUGAUCGUCGUGACCUCUGACCACGCACAUGUUAUGUCUUUCAAUGGAUACACGCGACGUGGCGGUAAUAUCCUCGGGCCGUCUGAUGAUCUCGGUGAUGACGGGCUGCCAUACAUGACACUUUCUUAUGCAAAUGGACCUGGUGCGCGCUCGCAUGUGAACGGCAAGCGCGUGGAUGUUACUGCUGAUGAAGAUUUUGGUGAUCUGGACUGGAUGACGCACGCGGAGGUACUGCUGGAGGACGAGACGCACGGCGGCGACGACGUGGCGGUGUUCGCGCUCGGUCCCUACCACCACCUGUUCACCGGGAUGUACGAGCAGAGCCGCAUCCCGCACCUCAUGGCCUACGCCGCCUGCAUCGGGCCCGGCCUACAUUCCUGUGAUGAUUAAAUUUUGUUAAUUUUUAGCUCUAUUUUACGGUCUAUUAUAACAUUUUCAACAUUCAACAA